AGUCUGAUUCUAGAGCGUCUUGAUGAUGCUGUCAGAGAUAAUGACAAAGUUCGUGCCAUCAUCAGAAAUUCUGGUAUGAACCAGGACGGUAAGAUGGCAGGAAUCUCGCUCCCCAACCCUGUUGCUGAAGCAAAUCUCAUGCGACUUGUUCAUCUAAAUGCCGGUCUGGACCUGCGAAAAAGGUAUCACCACUACCCUCGAACAGACUCUAAAACUAUGACACGCGAUAGUAUAGAAGUAUCGACCAUGGCAGAAGUGUUCUGCACAGAGAUCAGACGUGUAGACAAUGUCUAUAUUGGCUCUAUCAGGUCGAACAUUAGGCAUCUAGAAGCCUCAAGCGGUGUUGCUGGGUUGCUCAAGACGAUUAUAAUCUUGAAGCACAGAAUGCUCCCACUUAAUAUUAAAUUUAUCAAGCCAAGCCCACGCUGCAAUUCGAGAAGCGGAUGA